CAGGUGAAGAAGUGAGAAGUAUCUCACUGCAACAUUGAAAAAACCCUGUCUCGCUGAAUUUGCUUUUUGGGGACUUCAGGAUGGAAGCCUUGUGUUUAAGAGUUUCCUUGCUGCUGCUGGUGCCAGGAUUUGUCCUCAGUGACAGCUCUGACAGAUACGCUGCCAAUCAGAGUGACUUGGGAAACUACCUUUCCACUUUCUCAGGGAUCGAAUCCAGCAUACUCCUCACCACCAGACAGCCCCUGGUGUCCAACCAAACUGUCAAAUGCUCCCAGCAGACUAAGAUUGCUGAAACUUUUAAAUACAUUAACACGGUGGUAUCUUGUGCUAUUUUCAUCGUUGGAAUGGUUGGGAAUGCAACUCUGCUGAGGAUCAUUUACCAGAACAAGUGUAUGAGGAAUGGCCCGAAUGCACUGAUAGCCAGUCUGGCACUAGGAGACCUUAUCUAUAUUGUCAUUGAUAUUCCUAUCAUUGUGUACAAGCUCCUUGCUCAGAAGUGGCCUUUUGGAGAUUCUGAAUUUGGACAGUUUCUUUGCAAAUUCCUUCCCUUUAUACAGAAGGCAUCGGUGGGAAUCACAGUCCUUAAUCUCUGUGCCCUUAGUGUGGACAGGUAUAGAGCAGUUGCCUCCUGGAGCCGUGUUCAGGGAAUUGGAAUCCCUAUGAUCACUGCUAUUGAAAUUUUCUCCAUUUGGCUUCUGUCCUUCAUACUGGCUAUUCCGGAAGCAAUUGGUUUUGCUGUGGUACCUUUCAGAUACAAGGAUGAAGGUUAUGUUACCUGCAUGCUCAAUCCUACAAAUAAUUUUAUGUUGUUUUACAAAGAUGCAAAGGAUUGGUGGCUGUUUGGUUUCUAUUUCUGCAUGCCACUGGCGUGUACUGCCAUCUUUUAUACGCUAAUGACUUGUGAAAUGUUAAACAGAAGAAACAGCAACUUGAGAAUCGCUCUCAGUGAACACCUUAAGCAGCGUCGAGAAGUUGCAAAGACAGUUUUCUGCUUAGUAGUGAUUUUUGCUCUUUGCUGGUUCCCUCUCCAUUUGAGCCGAAUUUUGAAGAAAAUGGUAUACAAUGAAAGAGACCCCGGCAGAUGUGAACUGCUCAGUUUCUUGCUGCCAUUGGAUUAUAUCAGCAUCAACCUGGCAACCAUGAACUCUUGUAUAAACCCAAUAGCUCUGUAUUUUGUGAGCAAGAAGUUUAAAAACUGUUUCCAGUCAUGUCUUUGCUGUUGCUGCUCCCAAUCUAAGAGUCUAGUGACUUCAGUGCCCAUGAAUGGAACAAGCAUUCAGUGGAAAAAUCAAGAACUAAACAAUCACAAUACAGAUCGAAGCAGCCAUAAAGACAGCAUAAACUGAAAAUUAAGGACUCUGAUACCACUUCAGAAUUAAACAGGAAAAAAAAAGUCACAACAAAGCUAUUUCAACAGGAAGCCCAGUGACUGUUCCAUAAUCAAUUCAGACAUGUGCACCCUUGUACCUAAUUCUAGAGGUGACUGAGUAGAUUGACUGACUAUAACUGUGAUGUUCUGUGAACUGAGAUCCACUGGAUGGUAAUUCUGUCUCUGAAAAUUAUAUUGAUGUGAUAAUGACACCAAGAAGCUGACUUGAACUACACAAGUGGUUUGAUCUUCUGAACCAAGCAGGAACUGUCCAUUGUCUGUGAGUGGUGCAAUACAAUCUUUUUACCUGAUUGUCACCUAAGAUUAAUCACUCUGGAAUUUUUCAGAAGAUAUCAAAAUGGAAUCUGUCUGUGACUGUAUUUUCUCUCUGCCCUUUUGUCUUUUAUUUGUGUGGUGGAUAUAUUCCAUGCACCAGUAUGUUUUGCAUGUUGUUGUUGUUGGUUUUCAGGUUUAUGUUGGAAAAUGUUUUGGUCCAUACCAGUAUUUUACUUACUUAUGUUAC